AUUCCAUGGACAAGAUGAAGGAUGUGGAGUUGGACACUUCACAUUCUUCUGAUACCAGUGGAAGUCGUAAUUCCAAUGGUGUUAGCAAAGUGAAGCAGGCAAGGAGCAAGAAAAGCAAAAAUCAUGGUUCUGAUAAUACUGCUGCUUGUGAUGAGGCAAACCAUCUUAAAGACCCUGAAAAAGUUUCUCAAGCCAAGAAGCCUAAACCUAAGAAAAAAAACCAAUCUCCUGUAGCUUCUCAGAUUAAUACAACUCAAAGUACUUCUACAGAAAUACUCGAAAAUGAUGUCUUGACCAAGGAUUCCAAACCUAAGCCUAUUAAGUCAUCUAGGAAGAAAAAGACUGAUAAAGGGGUUGCUGCCCUUUCAAAAUCUGAUGAAUCACCUGCUGAUUCAUCUAGCAGCGAGGUAUCACAGAGCCACAAAUCACAGAUGAGUGGCAAAAGUAGUUUGCAGGGCAAAUUUCCUCAAUUAUAUCCACCUGUUGCUAAAUCAGUUGUGGUGGUGGAGUCUGUCACGAAGGCAAAGGUUAUUCAAGGGUACCUGGGCGACAUGUUUGAAGUCCUACCAAGUUACGGUCAUGUUAGGGACUUGGCUGCAAGGUCAGGAUCUGUUAGACCAGAUGAUAACUUCAGUAUGGUAUGGGAGGUUCCAUCGCGGGCCUGGACUCAUCUUAAGAGUAUCAAGGUUGCACUAAGUGGAGCCAAAAAUCUUAUUCUUGCAUCGGAUCCUGAUCGUGAAGGAGAGGCUAUAGCUUGGCACAUAAUUGAGAUGUUGCAGCAACAAGAUACCUUACGCAAUGAUAUCACUGUGGCAAGGGUUGUUUUUAAUGAAAUAACAGAGUCGUCCAUCAAAAAUGCCCUUCAAGCUCCAAGAGAGAUUGAUGUAAGUUUGGUACAUGCUUAUCUUGCACGUCGUGCAUUGGACUACUUGAUUGGGUUCAACAUUUCACCAUUGCUUUGGAGGAAAUUGCCUAGUUGCCAGUCAGCUGGUCGGGUUCAGUCAGCUGCCUUGUCUCUUAUAUGUGACAGGGAAACAGAAAUUGAUAAAUUUAAACCACAGGAGUACUGGACAAUUGAGGUUGAGUUCAACAAGAAGGACACAAGUUCAACAGAUACUCUCAGCUUCUCCUCAAAUUUAACCCACUUUAGUGGCAAAAAGUUAAGCAAGGUAUCUAUUGGUUCUUACACUGAGGCAAGGGAUAUUGAACAGAAGAUUAACUCAUCCAAGUUUGAAGUUAUUGCCUCUAAGGAAAGCAAAAGUCAAAGAAAUGCUCCCAGCCCGUACAUAACUUCCACACUUCAGCAAGAAGCAGCAAACAAAUUAAAUUUUUCUGCUUCAUAUACUAUGAAACUUGCACAAAAGCUGUAUGAGGGGGUGCAGUUAGCUGAUGGUGAAGCAGUAGGAUUGAUCACUUACAUGAGGACAGAUGGAUCACACAUUUCUGAUGAUGCUGUAAAAGACCUUCAGUCGUUUGUAACAGAAAGGUAUGGACAAAAUUUUGCAUCAAAAAGUGCUCGCAAAUAUUUUAAGAAGGUGAAGAAUGCUCAAGAGGCCCAUGAAGCUAUUAGACCAACUAAUAUCAGGAGGCUACCUUCAGUGCUUGCUGGGGUCCUGGAUGAUGAUUCUGUGAAGUUAUACAAACUUAUUUGGUCUAGAACCAUUGCCAGCCAAAUGGAACCUGCUAUUAUUGAUCAGGUACAACUUGAUAUUGCGAAUACUGAUCGAUCCAUUAUGCUUAGAUCUUCGUGCUCAAGAGUUGAAUUUCUAGGCUACCAAACUGUGUUUGAGGAUGUGGAAUCCAAGACAGUAAGUUUGAAUGAGAAUGAAGUAAAUAAUCGUGGUGCUUUUCAAGGUUUGAGUACUUUGAAAUCUGGGGAUUCUUUGAAUUUGGGUAAGGUAGAACUUGAGCAACACUAUACACAACCACCACCACGCUACUCUGAGGGGGCAUUGAUCAAAAAGAUGGAAGAGCUUGGCAUUGGAAGACCUUCGACUUAUGCAAUAACGAUUAAGGUGUUGAAAGAUAGAAAUUACGUAACAAUAAAUAGCAGGGUUAUGCAUCCAGAAUUUCGAGGGCGGAUGGUGUCUGCUUUUCUUUCCCAUUAUUUUUCUGAGGUCACAGAUUACAGUUUCACUGCUGACAUGGAGACUGAACUUGAUAAUGUUUCAGCUGGAUUGACUGAAUGGAAAGGCCUUCUAAAAGAUUAUUGGACAAGGUUUAGCAAGUACUGUACACAUGCUAUUAAUGUCCAUAUUCAUCAGGUGGAGAAGAUGCUGGAGAAGGAAUUUUCAGAUUUUUUGUUUGCUUCUCUCCCAGAUGGAAGUAGGAGAUGCCCUAGUUGUUUGGAGGGAAAUCUAAUCUUCAAGGUCAGCAGAUUUGGGGCAGGCUACUUUAUAGGUUGUGAUCAGCAUCCAAGAUGCAAGUAUAUUGCCAAGACAUUAUGUCGCGAAGGCGAUGAAGAGAUCCCUAGUGACAACAAUAACAACAAAAAUAUGGAGGAGCCAAAGUUGCUGGGCCUAAAUCCUGGUACCAAUGAGAAGGUUCUUCUGAAGAGUGGUCCGUAUGGAAACUAUGUUCAGCUUGGUGAAGACAGGGAAGGUUUCUUGCCUAAACGAGCUUCCCUGAACAAUGUAAAAGAUUUGGAUUGCGUUACCUUGGAAGUCGCUCUUGAGUUGCUGCGCUAUCCAGUGACCUUGGGGAAACAUCCAGAUGACGGCCGGCCUGUGACUUUAUUUCCUGGAAAGAAGAAAAGUUUUGUCAUUAGACAUGGGAGGACAUUCGCUCCUGUUCCCAAGAACAUUAAGUCUGAAGAUGUUACCUUAGAGCAAGCGAUGGAGUUUCUGAAGGGACCUAAUACAACAAGAGUUGGGCGGCCAGUUGUCAAGAAGAAGCUGGAGGAAUCCAUUGAGGCAAUAUAUUAGUUUUCACAGAUGAAAGAACUGAAACCCCUUUUUGGCUAAUUGAGAACAGAAGACAAGCCAUUGUUACACUACUGGCAUUUCUUGCAGCUGUCAGUUCUGGGAAGAGCUUUGGAUGCAGUAUAUGACAAAAUUCUUUUGAAUACGAUUAGGAGGAUAAAAGCCAAUUUGCAGCAGCAAAGAGAGAAAAAGAAAAAAUGACUUGAUAUAAUUGGAAUCAGAUACUACUUUUUUUCAUACGUGUUUUAAAUAUCUUUUGAUGUAAUUAUGCUUGUAUUAUGCAAAAGCGCCUAAUUUUUCUAUCA